UUACUCAGAGUAUUUAGGACGCAUUCAAGGACAAGCGUACCAGCCAGCCUGCCCACCACACCCGAGUCAACAACCACGCUGUCGUCACUGCAGAAAAACACAAUCAACAUAAUCCGUUCUCCCCUGAGGAGGUGGAAUUUGAGUAGGGAAAGCUUCAGAAAUGCAGGAAGGAUUAGCGGUGAUGACUGCAGGCUGCCAUCGACCCGCAGAUGCAGGUGGGAGGAGAGGAAAUACCUGAAGAAGUGUUGCAUAUUUGCCAAGAACACCAGGGGACAGUUUAACAAGACACCUGCAAUGGCACCACAAGUUCCUGCCUUUGAAGUGAAGCUUGCUACAGACUCUGCCUUCAAGCUGACAUGGGUUCAAAGGAUUCUCAAGAGUGUUGAGGAUCAGAUACUGACAAGAACUGGCUGGCAUCUUACUGUGUUCAACAGGUCAAGGUAUGGGAAGCAUCACCCCUUCACCCCAGACACCCUCCCCACACCCCAGGCCCCACACACCCCUGGGGAGAGGCAGGAACACACCCCAAACAGCUGUCAUGUCUCAAAAUCAAAUCAAAGGGAAUUUUUGAAGACUUGGGGUUCAGACAGUGGUACCCCUGCUUCUCCCCCAACCCCACACCCCGGACGCCCCUCCAUGCCACCCCGUGGACACCCUGGGGGAGGCUGUCGCACCCCAUGCACCCCACACACCCCAUGAAUGCCGACAGUGCGUGCCCAGAGUUGCAUCACAGCUUGAGAUUAAGUCAAAACGCAAGCCUGGACCCAGUUGACUUCACACAGUCUUCUCAGCCCUCCCACAGCCUUUGACAGCCUCCCACAGUGCAUCACAGCCUCCUACAGCAUUGGAUGCCAGAACACAGCACACCAAUCCUUCCCACAGUGGCCAGAAACAGCACACAGCAAAAUGGUUAACCAGAAUGAACAGACACACGAACUGACACACAUAGACACAGCGCCAAACGCCAUAGAGCCAACGCACAGCAUCCCACAGCAGCCAGGGGGACAGCACAGCAUCACGGACUCCCCAGACACCCUCAGAACACCACAGCACACAGCACAGGAUGAAAUAUUAAGCUUAGCCUUUGCAUCACCUGUCAUAAACAGCACUGGGGGAGAUGACAGCACACAGUGGCACACAGCAGGGACCCAGGGACUAGUGAGGACUGAACAGCAAGCCACAGCAUCACCACACCCUGUGGAUGCUGUGAGGGAAGCAGGACGACCACACACAAGGCACAAGAUUGAGAAACGGACAGAAAGAGGAACCAUCAAUUCGAAGGAUCAUUUUAAAACAAGACUCAUAACUUCUGCUGCUACUUCUGCUGCUACUACUGCUACUAUUACUGCGGCUACUGCUAUAGGGGGUGCAUCUGUGUCCUCCAGCAAUAUUUACCAGUGUAUCGAGACUUAGACAAGACUUCACCAUUAAACAAGAUGAAAAUCUCGGAACAGGGAAGGAGAAAAAUAACUCGGAGAACGAGAAGGACAAGAGGAAGGCGCGACACUGACACACAAACGCACACACACACACAAAACGGAAGCCACUACAGGCUUUAGACCUCUCAUGUGACUCUGGCAACAGUGAUCCCAGUGUUACCAAACCCCUGUGUGACUCUAGGAGCGCGGACAGCUGGAAACAAGGGCUGGGGAGGCCGGGAGUGAGGUCAGGGGUCACAGGAGAGGGAAACAGUGCUCUUCCUCUUCCUCCUCGCUGCAGUUCAGGUCACCACAGCCUUGCCGCAGCCAGCCACACCCACCACGGGCCUCCACACACCCUCACGCAGCAGUGCCAAGGCUGGACACAGCACUGCACAGCCCAGAACAGUCUAUGCCUAAUUCUCUAGUCAUUUAUAUUCAGAAUUUAACCCCCCUUGUGAGGACAGCGACUACCACCACCACCACCACCAGCACAGCCAAGUAGAUGCAGACACAGAAGAAGGAUAAGAUCACAUGACCUCUCCCACACCCUUGACCUGACCAUGUAACUGGCCAGGACCAUACUGAGGCGAUCUGAGAGUCUCCUAACUUCUCUGCCCCAACCCAGCGGCAGAAAUAGCCCAAGAAGUAGCCCAAAUGUAGCCUGCCAUAAGAGAUAGCCCAGUAGCUAAAAAAAAUAGCCCAAAGAUUAGGUUGCCCAAAAAAUAGCCCAAAGAAUGUGGUUUUUUAUGUUUUAUUUAUUUAGUUUAUUUAUUUUAAUUGUAAAGGAAGUUAAGAAUUUUUUUUUAAGUCAGUCAGUUCUCUAAGUCAAGAAAGGUGUGUGUCAGUCAGUCAGUCAGUCAGUCAGUCAGUCAGACAGACAGACAGACAGACAGACAGACAGACAGACUUAUGCCAUUGAGAAAAUGACAUUAAGCUCUAGGCUAUUAAAAGUAGAUUUGAUAUUUGAGAGAGAGAGAGAGAGAGAGAGAGAGAGAGAGAGAGAGAUAAUAAUUGUAGUAUGUGUGUGUGAGAAACAUGACUGGCUGCCCAGAUCACCCUUUGAGGCAGCUGAUUGGUUGACAACUUGGUGCUUGUAUCUGAUUGGUCACCAUGACUUAGAUGUGACACAUGAUUGGUUGGAAUUACUACUGUUACUGUUAUUUUUAAGUUCUGACUAAGUGUAAUGGGAAAUGUUGUGUUUCUGAUAAGUUUUUGGUCAUUUUCAAGUUUGGCUGAGUUCUGACUAAGUUCUGAAUUUAAAUGCAUUUUUGUGAAGAUUUUUAGUCUAGGAAAGUUUGGCUAAUUUUUUUUUUGAAGUUCUGAGUGAAAAUGUUGUGUUUCUGAUAAGUUUUUAAGGUCAUUUUCAAGUCUGGCCAAGUUCUGACUAAGUUCUGAAUUAAAAUAUUGUGUUUUUGUGAAGAUUUUUUAUUAAGGAAAGUUUGGCUAUUUUUUUUUUAAGUUCUGAGUCAAAAUGUUGUGUUUCUGAUAAGUUUUUAAGGUCAUUUUCAGGUUUGGCCAAGUUCUGACUAAGUUCUGAAUUUAAAUAUUGUGUUUUUGUGAAGAUUUUUGGUCUAGGAAAGUUUGGCUAAUUUUUUUAAGUUCUGAGUCAAAAUGUGUUUCUGAUAAGUUUUUUAUGUUAUUUUCAAGUUUGGCCAAGUUCUGACUAAGUUCUGAAUUUAAAUAUUGUGUUUUUGUGAAGAUUUUUUGGUCUAGGAAAGUUUGGCUAAUUUUUUUUAAGUUCUGAGUCAAAAUGUUGUGUUUCUGAUAAGUUUUUUAUGUUAUUUUCAAGUUUGGCCAAGUUCUGACUAAGUUCUGAAUUUAAAUAUUGUGUUUUUGUGAAGAUUUUUUAAAGGAAAGUUUGGCUAUUUUUUUUUUAAGAUCUGAGUCAAAAGGUUGUGUUUCUGAUAAGUUUUUUAUGUUAUUUUCAAGUUUGGCCAAGUUCUGACUAAGUUCUGAAUUUAAAUAUUGUGUUUUUGUGAAGAUUUUUUUAUUAAGGAAAGUUUGGCUAAUUUUUUUUAAGUUCUGAGUCAAAAUGUUGUGUUUCUGAUAAGUUUUUAAGGUCAUUUUCAAGUCUGGCCAAGUUCUGACUAAGUUCUGAAUUAAAAUAUUGUGUUUUUGUGAAGAUUUUUGGUCUAGGAAAGUUUGGCUAAUUUUUUUUAAGUUCUGAGUCAAAAGGUUGUGUUUCUGAUAAGUUUUUUAUGUCAUUUUCAAGUUUGGCCAAGUUCUGACUAAGUUCUGAAUUUAAAUAUUGUGUUUUUGUGAAGAUUUUUUAUUAAGGAAAGUUUGGCUAAUUUUUUUUUAAGAUCUGAGUCAAAAUGUUGUGUUUCUGAUAAGUUUUUAAGGUCAUUUUCAAGUUUGGCCAAGUUCUAAGUUCUGAAUUUAAAUAUUGUGUUUUUGUGAAGAUUUUUGGUCUAGGAAAGUUUGGCUAAUUGUUUUUAAGUUCUGAGUCAAAAUGUUGUUUCUGAUAAGUUUUUUAUGUUAUUUUCAAGUUUGGCCAAGUUCUGACUAAGUUCUGAAUUAAAAUAUUGUGUUUUUGUGAAGAUUUUUUAUUAAGGAAAGUUUGGCUAAUUUUUUUUUAAGUUCUGAGUCAAAAUGUUGUGUUUCUGAUAAGUUUUUAAUGUUAUUUUCAAGUUUGGCCAAGUUCUAAGUUAUAAUUGAAAGUAUUGUGUUUUUGACAAGAUUAUAAGUGUGAAAGUUUGUGUUAAGUUCAUUGCAGUGAAAGUUGAUGUGUAUACUUAAGUUAUUCACUUAUAGAAACUUAUAAGGGCAUAAAGGUUACAUUGAAAAAAUUAGAGGAAUAAAUGUUUACUUAUUUUGUAUUGUGAGAGAGAGAGAGAGAGAGAGAGAGAGAGAGAGAGAGAGAGAGAGGUCAGGUGCCUUCUAAUGAUAAUGAUGAUGAUGAUAAUAAUAAUAAUAAUAAUAAUAAUAAUAAUAAUAAUAAUAAUUAGUAUUCAUACCAAAAUAUCCAUCCAUAGAAAAUAUUCAUGUUUUUUUACUAUUAUUAUUAUUAUUAUUAUUAUUAUUAUUAUUAUUAUUAUUAUUAUUAUUAUUAUUAUUAUUAUUAUUAUUAUUAUUAUUGCUGCUGCUACUACUACUACUACUACUACUACUACUACUACUACUACUACUACUACUACUACUACUACUACUACUACUACUACUACUACUACUACUACUACUACUACUACUACUACUACCACCACCACCAAACACCACCAAUACUACUACCACUACUACUACUACUACUACUACUACUACUACUACUACUACUACUACUAUUUUUUCCAUGCAAUUAGGCAUAUUAGGAUCAUCAUCAUCAGUAGUAGCAGUAGUAGGCCUAGUCAUUACACACACAAUAAUUCAUAAUAAACUUGUAUAUAUAUUUUUCUGCAUAUUUCAAUUUCUUAUUUUAUUUAUUCCAAUGAUUUUAAGCAAUCUCUGUAGGUUCGUACACUCCAUGUUUAGACCUAUGUGUGUGUGUGUGUGUGUGUGUGUGUGUGUGUGUGUGUGUUAGGUGACCCAGCAUGACCUCACUGUGACCUCUGCAUUUUGAGUCAAGUCUGGUGAGAAAUUGAUGUACACUAGCAUUGAAACCAUUGGAGAUUCAAAUAAGCUAGGCAGUGUUGUGUUGUGUUCAGGGUGUUCGGCUAAGAAUUAAAAUUGUGUUUCGGAUAAGCUGGCCAGUGUUGUGUUGUGUUCAGGGUGUUUGGCAAAGGAAAAACUGUAUUUGGGAUAAAGUGUGUGCAUUUUUGGGUAUUUGGUGUAGGGUAAACUGUUGUAUUUUGGGUAAACCAGCAGAAUAUUGGAUAAAGUUGUGUUUGUGAUGAAAGAAAUUGUGUGUAGAAUAUUUAGGUGAAAGAUAAGCAGUGUUUUUUAAUUAGAUACAGAAGUGGUGUGUGUGUUUUUUUUGGUGUUUGGUAAAGGAUGAACUGUUGUAAUUGAAAUGGUGUUGAGGAUUGUGAAAAUUUUGUUAAACUUAUUUCAUAGUAUCUAAUUCUUUUCUGUGGUCUUCUUCCUCCUCCUCUUUCUUUCUUUCUUUCUUUCUUUCUUUCUUGUGUUCCUUCUUCUUUCCCUUUCUUUUCUUUCUGGUGUUCCUUCUUCUUCCUCUUCUUUCUCUCGUCCUUUUCUUUUUCUUGUGUUCCUUCUCCUCUUUCUCUUCUUCCUCUCUUCCUCUUCCUUCUGUCUUUUUGUUGUUUUGUUUUCCUUCUUCCUCUUCCUCUUCUUCCUUUGUUGUCUUGUCUCUUCUUCCUGUCUUCCUCUUUUAAUUUACUGUUUUAUGUUCCUCCUCCUCCUCCUCUUCCUCUCUUUCAUUCUUCCCCUGUCAUCCUCUUCACUUCUUCAUUCUUCCCCUGUCAUCCUCUUCACUUCUGUCUUCCUUUAAUUCAUAUGUACCUCCUCCUCCUCCUCAUCAUCCUCCUCUUUCUCUUCCCUGUCUUUUCCUCCUCAUUUCCUCAUCAUCAUCCUCUCUCUCUCUCUUCCCUGUGUGUUUUCCUCCUCAUCAUCCUCUUCCUCUCUUCCCUUUUUGUCUUUAAGUAAAAUUCAGGUUUGUCUAUGUUGUUAUUAUUAUUAUUAUUAUUAUUAUUGUCUUAUCAAGUUAAUAUUUUGUUGUGUUAUUUUAUUAUUACUACUUAUUGUAACAUUCUAAACUUUUCUAUAAGGAUUAAAUUUUGAUAUAUUGA